AUGGAAAUCCGCCAUGAUGAAGACCAUUUUGACUACAAUGAUUACAAUGAUUACCCAGAAACCUAUGACUUUUCAAACUACUCAUUGUGGAAUAUUAUUAACUCCACAUACUUCAACGAGAAUGAAUCAUGCUUUUGUGAUGCUGAAGAGUUCACCAUCAAAAUGUUCCAGACCUGCAUCUUCUGCCUGAUUUUCCUGUUGGGCGUGGCGGGUAACUGCCUGGUCAUAGCCACCUUUGUUUUUUCCCGCCGUUUCCGUCUUCGCUCCAUGACCGACGUCUUCCUGUUCCACCUGGCGCUGGCCGACCUUCUCCUGCUCCUCACACUCCCAUUGCAGGCUGUCGAUACGCACCUAGGCUGGAUCUUCCCUAAUUGCCUUUGCAAGGUUCUGCGUGUAUGCUACGCUAUCAACACAUACAGCGGGCUACUCCUGCUAGCCUGCAUUAGCGUUGACCGCUACAUUGUGGUGGCACGUGCCCAACAGAUGCACCGGCUGCGCAGUCGCAUUGUUACAGGCGGGAAAGUUGCCGCUGUUGCUGUGUGGUUUGUUGCUAUGCUCCUGAGUUUGCCUGAAAUCCUCUACUCUGGAGUGUUAGUGUCUUGGGAUAAAGCGUACUGCGGCAUGCUAAAGCGUGGAGCAGCCAAGAUGUCAACCAACGGAGCCAUCAUUGCUGUCUUCUGCCUGUCAUUCUUCAUUAUGGUGACAUGCUACUCUUUGAUAGCUCAAGUGCUGUGGGAAGGGAACAAAAAUCGGCGGGGGAAGCAAUGGCGUCGGCAGCGCACCCUGAAGCUGAUGGUAGCGCUGGUGGUGGUGUUUCUGGUGUUCCAGCUGCCGUACACUGUGGUGCUGUCGCGUAAAUGGCGGGGCCGCUGCGCUCUGCUGCUGGAGUACAUAACCUGCACUCUGGCGUACUCUCGAUGUUGCCUCAACCCUAUCCUGUACGCUCUGGUAGGCGUGCGCUUCCGUAAUGAUGUGGUGAGGCUCAUGUACGAUUCAGGAUGCCAGUGGAGGGUCCGGUCAGCGCCACAGUCAGUGAUCUCCAACUCCAUGUCCCCCACCUCCCCUGCUCUCACUGUGUUCUCAGCUUGCUCACCAGCAUCCCCGAAAGCAGCAGCUCCAUGUCUACCAUCAAAUUUCAGUUUCCGGGAACCAAAUAAUACUUAA